AUGCCUCCCCAACCUUUGUCAUUUGCAAACUCUCAACCUCAUUCUCCAACUGGAACACAACACAAAGUCAAAUCACGUCGAGUUCUCCCCACACAAUCUUCAAAUUUAAAUCCAGAGCAACGGCAAGCUAUUGACAAAGAACUUGAACGUCUUCCGGAGCUUGUUAAAGCUCAUUUUACUGGCUGGGGUAAAGGACCCCAGGCUUUUCAGUUGGCCGGAAUGCGAGCUCAGGCUCUAAGUCAGGAUGUAUUGCUCCAUGCAGCCACUGGUGCAGGUAAAAUGGGAAUUGCUGCAGGACCACAUCUUUUGCCAUCCAGCACAGGAAAGGUUACCCUCAUGGUAUCGCCUCUCCUCUCUUUACAAGAAGAACAGGUGAUAACCUUUCAGGAGGAAUUCAAACUUAAAGCUGUCGCAAUCAAUAGUAACAAUGGAGGAUGUACAAAAGAUGUCAUGGAGGUUGGGUUUGCAUUUUCUGAUACACCCAUUGUUGCAGUGACAGCAACUUUAACACCACAGGUGCAUGAAGACCUCAUCAACAAACUCCAGUUUGACCGAGAGAAAUAUCUAUUUAUCAACGAGGGUAAUGAGCGGUCUAAUGUUGCACAGAUUGUUCGCGCUAUGGAGCACCCAAUGGAUACUUAUCACAACCUCGACUUCCUCAUACCUGACAACAUGACCACCCCCCUUGACAUCAAGAAAAGUUUUAUCUACGCAGAUGACAUCACAGGAGGCGCAGCUCUAAUCAAUCACCUCAAUUCUCAAGUAAAAGAGGAGUUCCAAGCAAAGGGCCUUGUCUGUCCAUAUAACACUGCCAUGUCCACAACAUACCGUAAAUUGGUUUUGCGGCUGUUCAAGGAGGGAGUGAUUCGCAUUCUUGUAUGCACUGAUGCUGCGGGCAUGGGAUGCAAUAUCCCAGAUGUCGACAGCAUUGUUCAGUGGAAAGCCCCCUCAAAUCUUUCCUCAUGGGUUCAGCGUGUGGGUCAAGCCGCCUGGGCUGCAGGUGGUGAAGGACUUGCCGUUAUGAUCGUCGAAAAGUCUGCUUUCGAAAUUAGUACUACUGCAGCAUUGUCAGGCGAGUUUGGCACAAACACAGCAUCAGUCUCACAGAGACGUAACACCCGUGGCGGUCAUGGGAGGGGCCGUAGUGGUCGAGGCAGAGGCCAGGGAAGACCAGCAAAAAAUGGCCCAACCUAUGGGGUGUCGCAUGGUGCAAAGUGUGGCCAAUACAGUGGGGCUCAUGAUACAAUGACACGCCUAGAAGAGCACGAAAAAAUUCCAGGUGAUGCGGUGGGAGAGGGUUUGUAUUGGUACAUUCAAACAACGGUCUGUCAUCGGCUGAUAUUGACAAAAAUCUUUCGGAAUAAGCCCUCAUAUGUGUCGCCCACUCGAUGUUGUGAUCUCUGCAACCCAAAGCUUUUUGACCGAACCCACCCCAGCAAACCGAUCGUCACUGCUCGCCAACGUUCCGUCAAGAAAGGUGAACCUGUUGCCUUGGUCCGAGACACGUUGUAUGCCUGGCGCAGGUCUGUGAAGUGCGAGCUUUAUCCAAGGGCAAUGUGGGCUCCACAGGCUCUGCUUGAUGAUCCAACAUGUGAACUUUUGUCCUCUGUUGGGCCGAUACAAACAAAGGAGCACCUCGCAUCGUUGGUGGAGUCAAGUUGGGCGCGUUGGAGCCUCCUCAGUGAUAUACUGUUCAACUUGCUUGUCAGUCUCAAAAUUCCUAGUUUAGCAAGGUCAAAAUGCACCACAACUGCCUCUAAACGCUCUGCACCCACGGAAAUGCUAAGUUCUGCAUUGCCUGCUACCUUGCCAAAGCAACUCCAUCUGUCAACACAUCAUGAAUCAGGUCCCUCCACCUCAAUUGGUGUGCAAAAAUCAGCCAUACCUUCAAUUUCAUUCGGACCUAGUGCGUAUGACAGCUUUUUCAGUCAUCUGUGA